AUGUCUUAUUUCAGCCCUUCAAUCCAAGACAAAAUCAUCUUAGACUUGGUAGUUGGACAAAAUAGUUCCGACAACAACGUCCGUACCGGUGCCGAAAUUCAGUUCAACGAAUUUGUUAGCAAAGAUCCAUCGGCGGCUACUCACUCAUUGAUUCGAUACGCAUUGGACCAAGAAGAUAACUUUCCAAUUGACAUAAGACAGUCAUGCUUACUCCACUUGAAGCGCUGCAUACCUAAGUACUGGUCAAUGGGGUUCAGAUCGUUCAUUGGACCUCCUGUUCAGCAGGAAUUGAAAGGCUUCAUCCGCGAUCAACUAUUAAAUUUAGCAAUUACUUCUCAACACUCCAAGAUUAGAAACGGUGCGGCGUAUGUCAUAGUUCAAAUUGCAGCAGCCGAUUUCCCCGAUGAAUGGCCCAAUCUCUUGCAGAGUCUAUAUGAACUGACCACAAAUACCCACGAUCAAGUUGCUAUCGUUGGUGGUAUAACGGUGUUGAACGACUUGUUCGAUGAUCUUAUAACUGAGGAACAAUUUUGGGAGGGUAGAGUUGGUAGCGAAUUGAUAAACCAUGUUAUGGAAUUGCUACAAAAUGAUGAGCUCGCUGAUGAGACCAAAACUCACGUUGUCUCGCUUUAUCAGAACAUCUUGAAAACCUUGCAACUGCAAGAAGCAUUUGAAACUGAUUCCAGAAAGCAGGCUGUUGCAGAGCACAUAGGACUGGCAAUGGAGGUAUUUUUGAGACUACUUGAGAGAGCCCAAAACACUGGGAAUCUGGCAAAUAGUGACAAGAUACACUUAACUAAUUUGCAUUUUAGAGGAAACAUAUACAAGGUAUUGAAUGAGUUUGUAUCACUGUUUAAUAAGAAGGUGAAGUACGAACACAAAAAAUGGAUGAUGCAGUUGAUCAUGACGGAUUUGAAUUCUGUUGGUUAUGUGUACAACAACAUUGCUGUAAUAGGUGCUCCAAAGGAACAAUUGAACUUAAUUACAACUGCAGACUUAGUAGACCCCAAACUGACUACUGCCUUCCUUUUAAUCGAAUUGGUGCUGGCCUUAACUGCAUUACAGCACGAUAUAUCUAUCCAGGAAAACAGCAAUGCACUAGACACCUUCAUUAAUAGCUUAAUCCUUUGCUCCCAAUUGCCAAAAGACACCAUAGAGGACUAUGAGAUUGACUUUAAUACUUAUGUAACUAUUGUUUCGUCUUUGUCUGCUACCAUGACAGUUCGUGAUGCCAUUAAUGAAUUCUUAAGUGAAUUAAAUGGAAAGGAUGUUGUAGAGUUGGCGAAAAGAGUGAUCUACGACAUGAACUCAAAUUCUAAGCAUCUGUUCCUCCUUGCUGAAUGUUUCUUGUUUAUCUUGGAAAGUAUAUUUAUGAACGAGGAGGAUAUCGAAGUUGACCUACCACUUGUUGAGCUUUUGAAUAAAUUCACAACCUUUAUCUCUUAUGAGUAUAAUCAAUUACUUACUUCAAGGUGUUUUUUAAUGUUACCUAAGUUUUUCGAAAAAUUUGAAUCAAAGCUUCAAAUAGAAACCUUUGCAGCAAACACUUUCUCCAAUAUGGUAAAAUUUGCUAGUGAAGAUACUUGUGGAGAAUUAACAAAGGCAUCCGUACUAAUUAGCAGUACCUUAUACCUGAACUUACUUAACAGAAACAUCAAAGUAAUCGACAAGACGCUGCAGUUAGCACUAUUGCAUAUCGUAUUGUCCAUUGUUGAGGAUAGUGAGGAGGACACUUUGGCAGUAUUGUUGGAAGCAAUCACAUUUGCUAUUGGGAUAGACAAAUUGGAAGCCCAAAAGAUCAUCUCCAUUUCAGGAAACGUAGAUGAGGAAAGGGUUAGUGUAAUCGAUUUGAUUUUCAAGAUAUCGUUUAAAGAACCUUCAGAUAUCCAAUUAACCAUAGACUCCAACGAAUGCUUGAAGACUUUGUUAGAAGAUAUUGGAAUUGAAGAUUACUUAAAAAACUGUGAGAAUUCCCUUCCAUUCAUUUUCAAGACAUUACAAGAUAAUGCAUCGAAUGUGGAUUACUCCCCGACCCUUUCGCUCGCCUUGGAGCUUCUAAGCAUAAUUCUUGAUUCUGCACCCAAUUCUGAAAUUCCUGAGCAAAUCUUCCAGUAUACAUUUCCAUUGACUCAAUCCUUGCUUCUUGCAUCUUCAGACGACCAGAUCUUACAAAUUGGUGGCCAGGUAUUUAACAAUCUUAUAGAAAAGGGUCACAAAUGGAUCGUGAACUACCAUGACGGUAAUAAAUCAGGCAUGGAUAUAUUGUUGGCAGUUGUUUCUAAAUUUCUUUCUCCUGAGUUAUCUGAUAGCGCAGCUUUAUUUUCUGGAUCUAUUAUUUUAACAGUUAUCGAGAAGUUCCUGUCCAUUCUUGGGAAUGAGUUCCUUUCACACAUUCUUGAAGCAACGGUCAAACGACUUCUCAUUUCCAAAGAAGUUAUUACCACUGAAAACUUAAUUACUGUAUUCUGCAAUUUAGUGUUAUCAUCUCCUGAUGAUAUGAUAAAUUUCUUGGCUAAUAACAUUAGGUUAGUGGAUAGCAAUACGGGUAUCUCCAAGAAUGGAUUAGAAUUGGUACUUCCAAUUUGGUUUUCUACAUUUGAAAUUAUUAGAGGGUAUGAGCAUAUUAAGAAGAACACUUUGGCAAUAGGUAAAAUCUUCACUCUUGGAGACUCCAGAAUUGAGUCCAUUAACGUCAAUGGAGACAUAAUCCCAUACGCUGGAGAUGCAAUUAGAACGAGGUCGAUGCAAAGAGAACAACCGGAUCAAUAUACCCAAAUAUCUGCGAAUUUGAAGAUUCUUAAAUUGCUUGUUGGAGAGUUAUCAUUUCAACAUCAACAGCCUGACGCCAAAGACUACUUACCGGAAAAUGAUGAUGAUGUAGAUGAAGAAGUGGAUGGAGACGAUGAAGGUAAUGAUUGGGAAGAUAUGGACGAUAUCGGGGUUCCAAAUUUUGAUAAACUUAAAUCAUACGUUGAUUCAGAUGUUGAAGAUGAAGAACAUGACGACCAAAACGGAAAUGAAGAUUUGAAAAUCAUCUUAAGUCAAUUUUUCAAAGAGUGUACCACUAAGAACCUUGGAAACUUUAGAAAGUACUAUGAACUACUCGACGAUCAAGAGAAGAAAGUGAUUAGCGAAAACGUUAUUUUCAGCUAA